AUGGGUUGCGUCGAGGAAUUCAAAUCUCUAAAUUUUGCAAUUUACGCUCAAUGUGAUCAAUUUGUUAAACAGUUCAAAAAUAAUUGGGUUCGCACAGUUGGAUAUCUUGCUUUUGCAUCAAUAAUGUUCGUGUCUGUUGUUAUUAAUACAACCUCUUUAAUUGCUCCCGGAAUUACAUUAUUUUUUUCUGGUGCAUGUUACGGAAUUGCUGCUUUAAAACAUCAACCUCCUGCUGCCAGUACAAUUACUGGAGGAAAUGGUAUUUCAAUAAGUAGUGUUUCUGCUAUUGGUCGUACGUUAGUUUAA